AUGCUUCAGAAGACUAUCAAUAAAGAGAACUUUAAUAACUCAAACCUCCCCAAUUCUGGCUUGUCAACUACCGAUAAAUCAGCGAGAAAUUCUGGAUUGCAACUUCAGCUCAAACAAAGAGCUUUGCAGGAAAAUUACAGAAAGAGUAUUAUUACAAGGAAAUAAUUACUCGUCAGCUCACAGCAUAGAUACAUCUUUGGAGAGGAAACCUACUAAGAAAAUGCAGCUUCGUUCUCAGGGUCGAAGCUCACAAAUACCUCUCAGGAAGGCUAAGUCAGCGCUAUCCUCCAAACCGAAAAGGGAGGUUCCUAAAAGAAUCUCAAGAAUGAAGAGUGCAGGCUCAAACGAUAAUUCAGGAUUUACUACCAAUAAUAAAUCCUUGAUGUCCCAGUUGAGUUUCAAAAAGGUGAAAGUUUCAAAGAAAAUGCUUAGAGAAAGCCUCAAGACCACCAAUCAGUGAAGGAAGAAAACCGACAAAAAGAAAGGUCUACAUUAUCACCUGAAAACCAACAAAACAGCCUUGUCGAUGUCCCGGACUUACAUCAAGAAGAGACAAUACGAGAAAGUUCAGAAAUAUUAUGUAUCUCAUGUUUCUUACUACCAAGGGCACAGGAAGGUCAGAAGGGGAUAUAGAAGAUCCCAGCUACAUUUACUAAAUUACCACCUCAACUCUGAAGAGCAUGGUAAGAAAUAAAUUGUCAGAUCCGAGUCCGUUUACUAAUAAAAGAGUGGUUUCCCCAAAUACUGUUCCAAAAGGAGAAAUCAUGACUGAUAGUACUCCAGGAGUUCGCUCUAAGCCCAUAGGAAGUGUUCUCAACAUAUCGAUAGAGAAUAUAGACGAAGAAUCGAAAUUCGAGCUGAGCUCUGAGCAAGCCAAACCAGAAGAGACAUCUGAGGAAGAAGUAGACCCAGAGGGCAAUAAGGAAAGGAAGGAAAUCAAGCCUCUACAUUCUUUUAAUUCUCCCAUGAAGCAGCCAAGGAACCUCUUCUGUAACUGUCCAAUGGAGGAGGGUAUUUCUUAUGUUUGUACCUAUGGAUAUAAGUGGAUCAAGAGCUGAUUUAAGAAUUAUGACUUCGACCAAAACCUUGAAGCUUACAAUGCGCUAGUAGAGAUUUCCAACAACAAAGAAAUUGUAGAUGAAGCAACAACUAGUCAAAUUCAGAAGGAUUUAGUCAGGACAUUUCAGAAAAUAGACAUCUUUGUCACCGAUGAUAUGAAGGAUAAGCUCCUCAGAGUUCUUAAAGCCCUUGUUGCCUAUGACCCAUAUUCAGGCUACACACAAGGAAUCAACUUUAUUACAGCAGCACUGGUGGUGCAUUGAGAGGAAAGUGUCACAUUUUGGCUGUGAACAGGUCUUUUUGAAAAAUACGAAAUCAGAGAUCUUUAUAGUAACCAAUUCGAAGGAAUGCAUACCAGAAUCGAUCAUUUCAAGGUCUAUCUUCAGAAAUAUCUGCCUCAAAUUCAUGCGAAAUUUGAGGAAGCGUGAUUUCAGCCUGAAAUCUAUAUGAUGAACUGGAUUCUAACGUUCAUGUGCUCAUAUAUCCCCCUGAAAUGGCUGACUAAAUAUUUUGAUGAAUUUUUCAAGCAUGGCUGGGACUCCUUUCAUGCAAUAUGCCUCUCAAUCCAUGAUUUCUUGCAACCAACAAUUUUAAAGUGAGAAGACAUUGGUGAAAUGAAGGAUUGUGUUAAUAAAAUGAAGGAGAACCGAGACACAAUUACUAAAGAAUCCCAUUUCUUCAAGAAAGCUGACAUAGAGGGAAGCCAAGAGCCAGCAAGUUUUUUUACAAGCACCAGAUCGAGUAGUGAUUUUACCGCAUUUCAGCGAACAAGGGAUGAAGAUUGGGAAGCAAUUUUUGAUUUUUAUGAAACCUACAUUGAACGCUUCGGAGAUAAAUAAAUUAAUGUCAAAAUU